ACACACACACACACACACACACACACACACACACACACACACCACCUAUUUUAUUCUAUUUGCGCGGCAAACAUGCACUGAAACGGGAUUCCCGUAUUUCUUUUCAUCUACUCCAGGAAUUGGCACCGUUGGAUGGAAUGCUUUGCAGGGUAAACCUGCUUUUCGGAGGGGAAAUCUGCCUUCUCGAGCUGCUGCCAAGAGGGUAGUGUGUGCAUGUCAAUAGCCAGUCUGCUCCGCUGCCGCCGCCGCCGCCGCCGUCGCUGUUGGGAGGAAGGAGGAGGUGGAGAAGGAAAGGAGGGAGCAUGCAUUGGAGGGGAACGUGAGCGCUAGUCUCUAACUGUGGAGGGGGGAGCAAUCCAAGGGGGUUUCACUUCCCCCCACCCCCAGCAAAGAGUAGUAACAUCUCUUACAGUUAAACUUCGUGGGAAGAAAAUUGCCUGUUUAGUCCUCGGGGUGUGGAAGAGCAGGGAUCUCCUCCCCCCACCCUACCCCACCCCUUGUCCCAGACCCCGUUCCGAAAUCCUCCUGAAAACACUGUGAAAUUUUAAAAAAGAAAUACUGUUUCUCUGGGAUUUUAAUAUUUAAUUCAAGAAAAUGGGAGCGCGCCCCGCCGAGAGCCACACUCGCUAAGUCAGAGGGGCUUGUUGACUUCUCCCCGGGGGGAGAAAAACCCUGCCCCAAAACCUUCCCGCUACGUUUUAGGCAACGAUGUGCAGUUCGGCCUGCGCUUCAUUUCCCCACAGCCCCCCUUCGGGUUCCCAUUAAAGUUCCAAGAAGCCCCCGCUCCCAGAAGAAAUAGAAAAGGGCUAUGUUUCCUUGCUCGCUGAGGUUAACUCAUAAUGACACAGCCCUCGAGCCCAGCGGAUGACAAGAAGCACUAAGCUAGACAGACCCUUGAGAAGCUGAGAAUUCCGAGACCAAAUCCAGCGGAUCGAAGCAAAAGUCAAUUUAGAAAAAUCGCGUCCGAAAGGACUUGAAAGCAUGGGCUGCGCUCCAAGCAUCCACAUUUCUGACAGCAGGGUGGUGUACCACAGUGGCAAAGAGUCCGAGGACUCUGUCUCCCCCAACCAGACCAAUACCACCAUGUCUCAGCAGCUGCAAAACAGCAACCCUAUGCCCGGAUUAUUCAUCAAAUCCCCUAACACGUCCACUUACAAAGUGAGGACUAACACGUCCAAGAAAGACAGGCAGGAGAACAGCAUGGAAACGGAGACCCAGACCAGCAGGUCCAGUAUUAAGGCAACAGUAACAGAUGUACAAUUUGGCCCUAUGAGAUUCCAUCAAGAUCAGCUUCAGGUACUUUUAGUGUUUACCAAAGAAGAUAACCAGAGUAAUGGAUUCUGUUGGGCAUGUGAGAAGGCAGGGUUUAUAUGCUCACUUGCAAAGAAUCCUCAGUCUGCACUCGAAAGCUUUCUGGAAAAACAUCAUGACAUCAUCAUCAUCGAUCAUAGACAUUCCCGGCAGCUGGAUGCAGUAGCACUAUGCAGGUCUAUCAGAACAACUAAAUCCUCAGAAAACACGGUUAUUGUUGGUGUAGUACGAAGGGGGGAGCGUGAAGAAACAUCUGUUAUGCCCCUUAUUGCUGCUGGUUUUACAAGGAGAUACAUAGAGAACUGCAACAUCAUGGCCUGUUAUAAUGAACUAAUCCAGCUGGAAUUUGGCGAGGUGCGGUCACAACUUAAACUAAGGGCUUGCAAUUCAAUAUUCACAGCAUUAGAAAAAAGUCAAGAAGCCAUUGAAAUUAAAAGUGAAGAUCACAUCAUACAGUAUGUCAAUCCUGCAUUUGAAAUGGCUAUGGGCUACCAAACAGGUGAACUACUAGGGAAGGAGUUAGCAGAAGUGCCUGUGAAUGAAAAAAAAGCUGAUUUCCUGGAUACUAUUAAUUCAUGCAUAAAGAUUGGAAAGGAGUGGCAAGGAAUUUAUUAUGCCAAAAAGAAAAAUGGGGAUAAUAUACAACAAAAUGUGAAGAUAAUACCUGUCAUCGGACAGGGAGGAAAGAUUAGACACUAUGUGUCCAUUAGUAGAGUGUGCAGUGACACCAAUAAGGUAGAAAAAACCUGUGAACGUGUUCAGGCUGAAUCUCAAACAGAUAAUCAGUGUUGCAGACACAAAGAUAGGAGGAAAGGUUCAUUAGAUGUCAGAUCAACCACCUCCCGAGGAAGCGAUGGAGGUUCACAGAGACGGCACUCUUCCAUGGCAAGGAUACAUUCAAUGACUAUUGAAGCACCCAUCACAAAGGUGAUAAAUAUCAUCAACGCUGCACAAGAAAGCAGUCCCAUACCUGUGGCAGAGGCUUUAGACCGUGUGCUGGAGAUCCUAAGAACCACUGAGCUAUAUUCUCCACAACUUGGGACUAAGGAUGAUGAUCCCCAUGCCAGCGAUCUUGUUGGCGGCCUCAUGUCUGAUGGUUUACGAAGGUUUUCAGGGAAUGAAUACAUUUUUUCAUCAAAACAUCCUCAUCAGGUUCCAAGUAAUUUAACUUCUCCCAUCUCCCUCAAUGACAUCCCAACAUGGAUAGCACAGGCCAUGGAAAAGGAAGAGUACUGGGACUUCAACAUUUUUGAACUGGAGGCUGCCACUCACAAAAGGCCGUUGGUUUAUCUUGGUCUCAAGAUUUUUGCUCGCUUUGGAAUCUGUGAAUUCCUAAACUGCUCCGAGUCAACACUACGAUCUUGGUUGCAAAUCGUUGAAGCCAACUACCAUUCAUCUAACUCCUACCACAAUUCUACACAUGCUGCAGAUGUACUUCAUGCCACUGCCUAUUUCCUAUCUAAGGAAAGAGUCAAGCAAACUUUAGACCCAAUUGAUGAAGUUGCUGCCCUCAUUGCUGCCACCGUCCAUGAUGUGGAUCACCCUGGAAGAACAAACUCGUUCCUGUGCAAUGCUGGGAGUGAGCUGGCAAUUUUAUAUAAUGAUACUGCUGUGCUGGAGAGCCACCAUGCAGCCCUAGCUUUCCAGCUCACCAUCCGAGAUGAGAAAUGCAACAUAUUUAAAAACAUGGAGAGGAAUGAAUAUCGGACACUUCGCCAAGCCAUCAUUGACAUGGUCUUAGCAACAGAAAUGACCAAGCACUUUGAGCAUGUCAACAAAUUUGUCAACAGCAUCAACAAGCCCUUGGCAACAUUAGAAGAAAAUGGGGCCACCACUGGUGAUGGAGAAUUAGUCAAAAGUGUGCUCACAUCUCCAGAGAAUCGAAUUCUCAUCAAACGGAUGCUGAUCAAGUGUGCGGAUGUGUCCAAUCCAUGCCGUCCUCUAGAACAGUGCAUUGAGUGGGCUGGACGCAUCUCUGAGGAGUACUUUGCACAGACUGAUGAAGAGAAGAGGCAAGAUUUACCCGUGGUAAUGCCAGUUUUUGACAGAAACACUUGCAGCAUCCCCAAAUCCCAAAUUUCAUUCAUUGACUACUUCAUUACGGACAUGUUUGAUGCCUGGGAUGCCUUUGCAGAUCUGCCCAACUUAAUGCACCAUCUUGACAACAACUUCAAAUACUGGAAGGGACUAGAUGAGAAGCAGCUGCGGAGCCUACGACCACCACCUGAAUAGCGAUUGCUCCUCCCUCACCCAGCCCAGGCAUCCAGAUGCAUUGUUCUUCAAGCUCACUUGGGUUCAUCUUAAGCCAGAAUCAUUUGGCCUUUUCAGUAUUAGUCAGACCGGCCCAUGCACUUGAGGAUCUUGAAAGAAUAUGGCAGACUCCUGUGGCCUUCAACAUUGGAAACCCACGGAGUAGAGUUAGUCUUUCCCUGAUGUUACACUGGAUGGAUGGCUGCAGAGACUAUCCUGAAGAAGGUUAAAUAUGAACCAUACAUCUGCAUUCUCACCAUACAAGACAAUGCAGCUUGGAAGUAUGAUAGAAGAAAUUCCCGGAUCCUCAAUUCAACAAGUGAAGGAGAAAUCCCCAUUUUGGUGACUCAUAGCUUUGUGGAGAAUGUUCUGUGCUGGGUUUAGCACUUAAGAACUGCUAAUAACAAUUAGACAUUUAAAGGCAACUCUUUAUGAACAAGUUUUUGUUCUAUGAAAAAUAGACAUCUAUUUUUUCACAUCGCAGAAGGUGCAAUCAUUCACUUCUGAGCACUACUGAAAGUGACUUCUCUCAUAAGAAAUUUAGUAGCAAAUGUAAAGAAAAAAAACCACAAAGAAUUUUUUGAAGUUGAUUGUUAGCAUCUAUGAUUAAAAUAUGUUUUAUUUAUUUUGUUAGAUGUUCAAUAUUUUCUAUGAAUUUAUAAAUACUUAAAAGCCAAAGCCAACUUUAGAUGCCAUUACAAAUUUACAUGAUUCAUUUCAUUGAUAUGCAUUACUUGAUGUACAGACCUUUUAUUUUCAUAAUGCAAAGACAAAAUACUAUCCAAUGACACACAUUUUUACUGCAAUCUAUGGGCAACUGUGUAUGUUAACUGUCGUCUCAGAUUUAUGCUAAUCAAAAAAGGUUGUUUGGUUGACAGGUCUCACUCACUCCAGAGUACAAAGGUCUGAAAGGCUCUUCUGCUCCAGAAACACCUGAGCUGUGCUACGCUAGCUAUUGUUCUCUGCUCUUGUUUGCCGAUGACUUCCCAAAGUGAAAUUGUACAACUCUUGGUCAGACGGGGAAAAAAAGUUAGGACUGAACAUUUUUUUCUCCUUUAAAAUUUUAUAAUUAAAUUCCCUAUCAAAAGUCUGCCUUAUUUUAUACAGUAUUUCUACAAAGCAUUCCAUAUCAUAGACAAGGGAAUAACCAAUGGAAUAUUUAGUGAAUCUCAGCAUUUUAUAGCCUCUCUAUUUUCCUUGGCAGUGGAAAUCUUUAACUCUGGAAAUUUGUAAAGGUUCUGUACCUUCACAAUUUGAAUGAAGUAAACACCAGAAAACAAUAAAACAUAUAUUUUAAGAA